AUAUUUGCACGAGCUUCAUGAUACAAGUCGUAGUUGAUGUCACCACCUACCAUUCUCUUCUUCCUCUACUCUCUUCUUGACUUCUUCAACUAUCAACCUUCACUCCAUUUCAACAUCACCAUACAAACAAUCGCGCAGCUUUCUCCAAUUCUACACCAAUGGCUUCCGAUCCAGAAUCCACUCUAACCACCUCACUUCCAAUCUCAACUAACGAACUCGAAGACGAUCUCCGCGCUUCCUCCUCCUCCUCCGCCCUCCUAUCCACCGCCGCCCACCCCCACUCCCCCAGGAAAACCGCCGCCGCCACCCUCGUUUUCAUCUCCCUCGUCAUCUCCACCGCCGUCGCUCUCUCCGCCGCCGCCGCAUUCUCCUUCCUCUUCUUCUCCUCCGCAUCUCCCCCCGCCCAAAACCCCAGCCUGGGUUCAACCGCCGCACUCUCGCGGCCCCUCUCCAAGCUCAAGCACCCCGUCGUCCUAAUCAUCUCUUCCGACGGAUUCCGCUUCGGCUACCAAUACAAAACCGAUCUCCCCAACAUCAGUCGCCUCAUUCACAACGGGACCGAAGCCGAGCGCGGAUUGAUUCCGGUCUUCCCAACCCUAACUUUCCCCAAUCACUACUCCAUUGUCACUGGAUUGUACCCUGCUUAUCACGGAAUCAUCAAUAACUACUUCACAGAUCCCGUCAACGGCCACAAGUUCAACAUGGGCAGCCACGAGCCGGAAUGGUGGCUGGGCGAGCCGCUGUGGGAGACGGUGGCGAAUCACGGAUUGAAAGCCUCCACCUAUUUCUGGCCUGGCUCUGAGGUACACAAGGGAUCUUGGGAUUGCCCUAAAUUUUACUGUAUGCCUUAUAAUGAAUCUGUGCCUUUUGAAGAGAGAGUUGAUACUGUUUUGAACUACUUCGAUUUGCCUAGCGAUGAUAUCCCUUCGUUUAUGACAUUGUAUUUCGAGGAUCCUGAUCAUCAGGGCCACAUAUACGGCCCCGAUGAUGUGCGGAUUACUGAUGCUGUUGUUGAGAUUGAUACACUGAUUGGGAGGUUGAUUCAUGGUUUGGAGAAAAGAGGGAUUUAUGAGGAUGUUAAUAUCAUAUUGCUAGGUGAUCAUGGUAUGGUUGGCACUUGUGACAAGAAGGUGAUAGCUUUAGAUGAUCUUGCUGAAUGGGUUAAAAUUCCGAAAGAAUGGGUUCAAUCGUACACUCCGUUGCUCUCAAUCAGGCCGCCACCUGGUUACUCAUCGAGUGAUGUUGUUGCUAAGAUGAACGAGGGGUUGGAGUCGGGUAGAGUGGAGAACGGGGAGUUCUUGAGAGUUUAUCUCAAGGAGGACUUGCCUAACAGGCUGCAUUACUCUGCAAGUUAUCGGAUCCCACCUAUAGUGGGAUUGGUAGGGGAAGGGUUCACGGUGAAGCAGACGAGGUCACAAGGGCAAGAAUGCGGUGGAGCUCACGGAUAUGACAAUGCAUUCUUCUCCAUGAGGACUAUCUUCAUUGCUCAUGGACCUCAAUUUGCCAAGGGGAGGAAGGUUCCAUCUUUUGAGAAUGUGCAGAUAUAUAACAUGGUUACUACAAUCUUGAAUAUUGAUGGAGCCUCCAAUAAUGGAUCAGUGUCAUUUGCAAAAAGUGUUGUUUUGCCUACUCAUUGAAACUCGCUCUCAACUUUGCAGUGAAGGUAACUGAUACUGGUAUUUGGGAGUUCAUGUAGUUUAUCAAGUUUGUGUUGUAAUUGUAUGAUUUAGGUGGAUAUUGGUUUUGGUUUCUACAUGACGUGCUACUUGUGCACUGUAUCUUGAAUAUUUCACAGAUCUUCGUGGCCGUUUUCAUUAGAGGUUAGCUGCAAAGCUAAUUUAUUCCAUCCAUACUAAUUACGAUGGAAACUAGUGUUGUCUUAAUUCAGAACUAUAAUUGGUUCAACUGUUGAAGGAAACAAUUCAUUAUUCA